AUGGUGUACGCUGCGACAGAAGAUCAGUACAACGAAGCCAACGCGUCUCUGAAGGGUAUAUGCAACCGAUGUGGAUUGGAAGGAUUUUACGAAUACUUUCUGAAGAAUUGGGAUUCAUCUCGUGAGCGCUGGGUUUACUUUCUGAGAGCCAAGCUACCUCACUUCUCGAACCACACGAAUAAACGACUCGAAGCCUUUUUUGGGAAGUUAAAAGAGGGUGUAGAUGGAUCUAUGAGCAUGGCUAUGUGUGUUAAAGCUCUGAUUGCGUACGAUCGUCGCAAACAAAAUGAGUACGAGUACCGCUUGGCUCGCAUCGGUCAGUUCGUAAACUCCAACUACGAUGAAGAAAUGCAGAACAUUCUCCGGUUUACGACUCAUUUCGUUGCUCAACAUAUCGAGCGACAGUAUGCAGCUGGUGUUGCUAAGUCCGAGCGAUACAACUGCGAGGAAGACGGGCAAGACGCACGCGUUGUUCUGGUGCGUGGUUUGUUUCAAGAACACAGACUCCGCGUCGAUGAUUGGAGUUGUGACUGCGAUUUUGUGGCGUCGAUGUGUCUGCCUUGCCGCCACGCUAUUGCUUACAGGAAACAUGUCGGUUUUCGUGGUCCUCUUAUCCCGUGGAGCCGCAUCGACCAGAGGUGGACUACUUCGACACAGAAAUUGAAGAAGGUUAAACAGUUUGUGUACGAGAGGUUUUCCAGUUCUGUAGUCGGCAGCACCGCCGCAAAGGUCAGAACCCAUUCGGACCGGUACAGGGAGGCUGUCCGGGCUACACACCUAAUAGCCAACGAGAUGGCCGACAUCGAAGAUGAUGCAGAAUUUGAUGACAUGUUGGAAUUUGUUAUGAACCAGUGGAGAAAUGUUAGACAGCGCAAGAUGGCAGAUCAAACCGAGGUAUGUACUCCCACACAGCGAAAGGUGGUUUCCGCGAAUGCGUCGCUCUCUGUAAUGGGAGAUGCUGUUGUUAGGAAGGAGUUUGAGAUCAGUAGCAGUUCGGACGACGAGUCGAGUUACGAUCACUAUGGGGAUGGCAAUACUUACAGAAAAGAUGACAACGCCGACAAAGACGUGAUAGCGGCAGGAUCUCAUGUGCCAAUCCGACUAAACCCAAACGCAGAAAAAGCGGCCGAAGCUGGUCGUAAGACAGCAGGGGAGGUCACUCUGCUGGCGUUGAUUGAAACCCUCAACCGAGAGCGUCCUGGCUUGGUUGAGACACAGAGGCGGCUUUCUGGCCACGCAAAAGCGGAGAAAAAGAAACCAAAGCUCAAACUCUUGAAGAAUCCUGUAUUAAUACAGGAUCCGUUCUACCUACUACCUUCCAAACUCCUCGAUGCGUGUCUGAAGGUGCUACCGGUAUCCAAUACCCCAGAAAACGCCAUUUCGAUUGAGGAAGACCAAGAUGCCCGAGUGACGAGCCCGGAUAAAGCUGUUAUGCCCCGUAACGUGGAGACAGUGGCUGUAAAGGAUGUUGGGAACUUCACCAGAAAGCAGAUAGAUACCUUUAAGCGGAUACAAAACCUUAAGGAUGCAGUGCAGAUGGGUCUAGAUCUACUCAAGUGGCUCACGGAAGAAGCAAUUCCUACGCUACCAGCUGAAUAUCAUGAGCUUGCACAGAAAAUUGCGAACGAAGUUCUGACGACGUACCCAUAUCAGCGUAUACCGGAUAUGCCGAACCAAUUCGCGUUGCUGUACAGGGCAAUACCGCCCACCUGGUUGAAUGACGGAGCUAUACGGGCGCUAUGUUGGCGACUAUCUCAAGAUUACCCCAAUUGCCGGUUUGCAGGAUUCCAAUCUGCAGUCCCGAAAACGAAGCGAACUCGGAACAAAGAUGACGGCGCGGUCGACAAAGUUGUACGCGAACAUGUUCUUGCUCAAAUUGCCAAUGAUGGAGUGGAUACGGUUCUGUUACCACUGAUUUUCGAUAACUUUCACUGGUGCUGCGUGACAGUCAAGGGCGACCCAAGCGAAUCUAUUUCUACGAUCCCCUGA